GAUCGACCGAAAAGGUCUAGCCUCCUACGCGCCGCUCUUUGGGACCACGAUUCCUUAGGCCCCACGAGCGCCUGCUCCACAGAGUGGCAAAACGAAUUAGCCAAUCAGCGUCCACUUUCCAAAUACUGGAAAGUUGACCUUGGCUGUUCGCGGGAAAAAAAUUCAAGAUGGCGAACGAUCUCAGCUCUGUGUUCCGUCUUGUGUCAAAAAAAUUCGGAAUUGCGGCCUUGAAUAGCCAUCAAAAGGAGGCUAUUGAGGAGUUUCACCAAGGGUGAAGCGGAUUUGUUUAUUAAUUUGCCGACUGGCUAUGGAAAGUCCCUGAUUUACCAAGCUAUGCCGCUAGUCUUCGACGAUAUUCGAAGGAAGUCAGGGCACAUUGUUGUUGUCGCGUCUCCUCUUGUGAGUUUAAUGGACGACCGAGUGGAUUAUUUACGAAGCAUCGGUGUAAGUUCUGUGAGUCUCAGCAAUCUAAAAGAGGGAGAAGCUGGUGAAGUAGAGAACGGAGAGUAUUCCGUGAUAUAUGGAAGCCCAGAAUCAUGGUUGAAAAACCAGCGAUGGAGGGAGCUGCUUUCUAGCGCGUUGUUCAAGGAAAAACUAUGUUGCAUAGCCGUUGAUGAAGCGCAUGUAAUCAAGCAAUGGGGGACUUCAUCUACAAAUAAGAUGGUGGCAUUUAGAACAAUAUAUUCAGAGCUUCAUGAGUUGAGAACCCUCGCUGCUGGUGCAAAAGUAAUUGCUUUGACAGCAACAGCAACGCUGUCAACAAAAGAAACAAUUACAGAUGUACUUAGAAUGCAAGACGUCAUAGAAAUAAAUGAAAAUCCCAAUUAGAACAUUACCUAUAUUGUCAAGUAUUUAAGUAACUCAAUGGAUGCUAAAGAAAGUUUUAAAUGGUUGGUGAAUGAAAUCAAUGAAAGAAAAGAUGGUGGAGAUAAAACAAUCAUCUACUGCCAAACAAUAAAACAGUGUUCUUUGGUGUAUGGCACCCUGAGAUCUAUGUUGAUAGAGUUGGUUGCUAAUGGAAAACCAAAACUUGAAAUGCUUCAUUCCUGUACUCCAAAA